UCCGUCACUGUUCGAUAUGACUCGAGAAUUUAGAAAUCGGAAAGGCAUAGGCGCGCGAUAACCCGCAUCCUCCCCGUGCACUCAGAGGUCCUUUCCCUCUCCCGUUUUCCGUGUCUCAUCUGUCGGCACCGUCUGUCUUUGUGGGUCUGUGUUUGUGUGUGAUGUGGUCAGGUCAGGUUACGGCGACGAGCCUGCCAUGGCAUCCUUUACUGUCUCCUUCGUCUCACUGCUUGUCUAGCCAACGACGAGCCAUAUCGACGCGCCGCGUGCUGACGAUACAGGCGUUCCGGCGGAGCGACUUCGAUAGGUUUGGUAAACGAGUGGUAUCAGGUGAGGCCUGGAAGGAAGCGUGGAGGAGCGCCAAUGAUGGAUUCGAGCUGCUACUCUUCGACGCUAAAAAGGCCGCAGAGCGUUUCGACCGUCGCUAUUCCGUUUCGAGGCGCCUCAGCUCUGUUGUCCAGUCUGCCACUGAUAAGGCUCGCGAGAUUGACCGUGAGCUUGAAAUCGAACGCAGGUGGCGCACUUUCACUCUUGAUUUCUCCCGCAACUGGCCCAGGUAUAGGAGGCAGCUGAAUGAUUUUCUGGAUACUCCACUGGGCAGAACUUUUUCUGGAUCUUGUCCAGCAUGCAAACAGCAGUUCAUGGGCUACAAGAACCAAGUAGUUCGUUGCGUGAGCUGUGGAAACAUUGUAUGGCAGCCGAAAGAUAACUUUUCCUCCGGAGGUGGUGGUAGGGACACUAAGUCAUCAAGCUCAGGACCUGAUAUUAUUGAUGUGGAUUUUGAGGAGAAAUGAAACAGAUCCAUAGGUGGCUGAGAGUCAUUUCUUGAAAUCUGGUCCACAGAGAAAGGAAGAAAAAAAGAAAAGAAAAGAGUGUAAUUGACAAUCUUGUUUGCCUCCUUGUUUCAGGUUCAUGAUAGGUUUCUAGUUUCUGCUUCUCCUGUAAAUUAUAAAAUUAAUAUAGGAAUGAUCAAUAUGUUAAUUUUGUAUAAUUGUGCUUUUUAGUUUGAGAAUUAAAGGAAUGUGGGGAACUUGUAUAAAAGGCUACACAAGGUUCUCUAAAAUUAAGCAAUAUGAAAGAGCUGAGAUUUUCUCAAUAGAAGUUCUGCUCUUUAUGAAUUA